AAGCGACUUAUACUUUCCACAUGCCAUUGUGUUGUGCAUUUGUAUUUUAACAAAACUCAUCUCACACAAUCACAAACCAAAGCCAAAUUCUCUCUGAAAGGAAAGAUCAAUCAAAAAAUCCGAUCCACCAAAAUCUAUUUUCAAAUCAAUAACAAAUUUUUGCGAUUGGGAUAAUUAGAUAAUCAAAAUCAAAUCUUCAUCAUCAUGAGUGGAAGAGAGUGUGAUGCAGAUGGUAGCACCCCAUUAUUGCAAACCCAAUAUGCAGAUAAUUCAUAUCAUGUCAAAAGAACUGGAACAGUAUGGACAGCAGUGGCACACAUAGUGACAGGAGUAAUAGGAUCAGGAGUGUUAUCAUUAGCAUGGAGCAUUGCACAAAUUGGAUGGAUUGCAGGACCAUUAGCAAUUAUUUUAUUUGCUUCUGUUACUCUUCUCUCUGCUUUUCUUCUCAGUGAUACUUAUCGUUCUCCUGAUCCUGAACUUGGCCCUAGGAGAAGCUCUUCUUACCUUGAUGCUGUUAAUAUUCAUAAGGGAGAAAAGAAUGGACGUCUCUGCGGUGUUUUUGUAAACAUAAGCUUAUAUGGUUUUGGAAUUGCUUAUAUCAUCACAGCAUCCAUCAGUAUAAGAGCAAUCCAAGACUCAAUCUGCUUCCAUAACAAAGGGAGUGAAAAAACAUGUGGAUAUGAUGAUACAUAUAACAUGCUUGUUUUUGGGGCUAUCCAAGUUGUUCUCUCGCAGAUACCUAAUUUCCAUAACAUCGAAUGGCUGUCUAUUGUUGCAGCAAUAAUGUCCUUUGCUUAUGCUUUCAUAGGAAUGGCACUUGCCAUUGUUAAAGUCAACGAAAAUGGACAUUUUGAGGGUAGCAUUCAAGGAAUGCCAACUUCAACUGGAACCGAAAAACUAUGGCUGGUUGCACAAUCACUUGGUGACAUAGCCUUCUCCUAUCCAUUCUCAGUAAUUCUUAUAGAAAUACAGGACACUUUGAAAUCACCUCCACCGGAAAACGUAACCAUGAGGAGGGCCUCAACAAUAUCAGUCAUAGUCACAACAUUUUUCUACCUCUGUUGUGGCUGUGCUGGUUAUGCAGCCUUUGGCAAUGAUACACCAGGAAAUCUUUUAACAGGGUUUGCAACUUAUAAGCUGUAUUGGCUUGUAGACUUCGCCAAUGCUUGUAUAGUUAUUCACCUAGUUGGUGCAUAUCAGGUGUAUAGCCAGCCACUUUAUGCAAAUGUUGAGACUUGGUGUCGAUUUAAUUUCCCAGACAGUGGAUUUGUGAAUAACUCGUACAACUUAAAACUCCCAUUACUGCCAAAUUUUCAACUCAGUCCUUUAAGGCUUUGUUUCCGUACACUAUAUGUUGCGUCGACGACCGUGAUUGCAAUGCUGUUUCCAUACUUCAAUCAGAUUUUGGGAGUUUUGGCUGGCAUAAUAUUUUAUCCAUUAACCAUAUAUUUCCCAGUGGAAAUGUAUAUCAGUAAGUGCAAUAUUGAUGCAUGGACAACCAAGUGGGUUUUGCUUAGGACUUUUAGCAUUGUUGGCUUUGUUGUGGGAUUGUUCACUCUCGUUGGAUCCAUUCAAGGGAUAAUAUCUGCAAAACAAAGCUGAGAAGCUUUAAGAGAACUUGAAAUUAAGUGAGGAAUCAGUGGUUUUGAAACCAAACACCAAACACAGGAGAGUGGCUUAUGGGUUACCCCCUUUUUUUGAUAGCAAACAUGUUACAUAUUCAUGGAGCAUAGAUGAAUUCAUGGUUUUGCCGUUCUGCUUGUUCAAGUCUUUUAGGACUGUAGCAGUAAUAAGUCUGAUUGAGUUGCACAUUUGUCUAUUGGAAUGAUUUUGAGGAACUAGUUAGUUUCACCUGUAAUAAUGUUGUAUUGGAGGGUACUAAGUUGGACUCAAAUUCCAUGCAUUUAGAAAAUCAGGCAUUUACAUACGUUAAUUUAUUUUGGCCAUCGAUUUGAGAUCGGUCGGCUCACAUUACAAAGUCACUAAAUCAUCUUUAAGUUAUCUUUAUCGUUGA